AUGAAGCAAAGACUCCACGUGGUCGUCACCACAAUUAUACGCAGGAAUGUUUAUUAUGGUGCUGCCCGCAACCUCAGCAGCUGUGGCCAUCCGAAGCCUCUCUCACACGCCUACUCCACCGCAAGGAAAACUCUUAGAACGUCCUCACUCGUCACCAAGUCAGCAUGCGCAAGCGCUGCUAUCCUGGCAGGUACAAUAGCAUUUUGCCUCAUCAAUGCCCCAAUCGCUCAUGCCGAAGUUCCUAUUUCCCAUACUCCGGAAAGGCGCAAGAUACGGCUAGCGGAAGUACAGAAACACGGGCGCGAUGCUGAGACAAAAUGGGUCACCAGGGGCGCGCGGGUCUACGACAUCACAGAUUGGAUUCCCGGUCACCCAGGUGGAGAAGUCAUUCUGAGAGCCGUCGGCGGCCCCGUCGAUCAAUACUGGAGUAUUUUCACGGUGCACAUGAAGCAAGAAGUGUACGAUAUCCUUGAAUCAUACUACAUUGGGGACAUUGACCCCGGGGAUCUGGUCGACGGGCAAGUGCCUGUCGAGGACCUUCAUGAUCCGUUUGAGAAUGAUCCCAGGCGGGAUAAGAGGCUGCAUGUUCACACUUCACGCCCCUGUAAUGCCGAAACGCCUACGGAGGGACUGGGUGCUUUUGUCACCCCGAACGACAUUUUCUACGUGAGGAACCACAUGUGGGUACCAUCCACCUCGGAAUCUGACCACAAGAUCGUCGUUGAGCUGCCCGACGGCGAAGAGAAGGAGUACAGCCUCAAAGACUUGAAGGAUAACUUCGAAUCUACGACAGUCACAGCUACACUGCAGUGCUCAGGCAACCGCCGCAAAAACAUGACCCGGGAAUCUCGCUCCACCAAGGGCCUCCAAUGGAACGUAGGCGGUAUAUCCACUUCUGAAUGGACGGGCGUCCGCCUGCGCGACGUCCUCGCUGAUGCAGGCUUCCCUGUCGAUGAGUACCCGGACGAGGUGCGCCAUGCGCAAUUCAUGGGCGCCGAAGCGUACGGGGCCUCGAUACCCAUUGACAAAGCUGUAGAUCGACGCGGCGAUGUCCUGCUCGCGUACGAGAUGAACGGGAAGCCGCUGCCGCCAGAUCAUGGCUAUCCCCUCCGGGUUCUCGUACCGGGCACCGUCGCGGCACGUAGUGUGAAAUGGGUCAAUCGGAUCGUUUUAUCCGAGGACGAGUCUUCAUCCGAGUGGCAGCAGAGAGAUUACAAGUGCUUCGGGCCCAAUGUAGGCGGCAACCCGGACUGGAGUACUGCGCCAGCUAUCCAGGAGAUACCGGUGCAGAGCGCCAUCACUUCCCUUCGCGACCUCUCUCCCCACUCACAGGCCGAUCGUCAGUACUUACGACUGCAUGGACUAGAGGAAGAUUCGGUCGCCGUGGAGGGUUACAGUUUCUCUGGUGGAGGGAGGAGGAUCGUCCGCGUAGAUGUCAGUGCCGAUAACGGACGGACUUGGCAUCAGGCGGAGCUCCUGUCGGACAAGGGGAAAGGUGCAAAGGCUUGGGCGUGGACGAGAUGGCGAUGGGUCGUCCCGCGGCAGCAGGCCGGGAGAUGGUUCGUCGUCAAGGCCGUCGACGAGGCGUACAACACCCAACCAAGUGAUUACGACUCGAAUUAUAACUUCCGAGGCCACCUGACGAGUUCGUGGCAUCGCGUUGGAUAUCGGCCCCCGGAUGUCUAG